AGAACGGGCACAGGCUUUGGCUCAAAAGCUGAGUUGACCGUCUCAGCGCCAUGACGUCCGCGUGGAUGGAUAACAUCAUCCUUCUCUCCGACAGCUACAAGGUGAGCCAUUGGCGGCAGUAUCCUCCAGGGACCCAGUAUGUGUACAGUUACUUCGAGAGCCGCGGCAGUGAUCGAGACGGCUGGGAUGAGGUGUGCUUCUUCGGCCUGCAGUACUUCCUGAAACGCUACCUGGCUGGCGUGGUUGUCACUCGCGAGAAGAUCGACCAAGCAGCCAAAGUGUAUGCGCAGCAUUUUGGAGAUGGAGUCAGUGACAACCCCGACCUUUUCUUCCGCGAGGGCUGGGAAUACAUUUUGGAGAAACAUGGAGGACGAUUGCCAGUGAAGAUCAAGGCGCUUCCAGAGGGCACUGUGAUGCCGAACAAGACUGUGCUCGUCACCGUGAUCAACACGGAUCCUGAGUGCUUUUGGUUGACCAACUUUUUGGAGACUCUCCUUGUGCAGGUCUGGUACCCAAUGACGGUGUGCACCAACAGUCGGUAUCAGAAGCUGUCCAUUCAAAAGGGUUUGGAGGAGACUGGAUGCGAAGACUGGGCACCCCCGGGAGGCACAGCCUUCAAGCUCCACGAUUUCGGCUUCCGUGGGGUGUCCUCGGUGGAGUCGGCGGCAUUGGGCGGCCUUGGCCACUUGGUGAACUUCAUGGGCUCCGACACCGUCAUCGCGUUGGCCGCCGCGCAGGAGUUCUACAGCGCCAAACGCGCAAUUGGAUUUUCCAUUCCGGCAUCAGAGCAUUCCACCAUCACGUCUUGGGGUGUGGAGGGUGAGCUCGAUGCGAUGCAGAAUAUGCUGGAGCAGUACCCGACAGGACUGGUUGCCUGCGUCAGCGACUCCUUUGACGUCUUCAAAGCCUGCAGGGAGUACUGGGGUGAUGCUCUCAAGGAUAAGAUCAAGGGCCGCAUCAGUGAAACAAGCUUCGGCCAGCUGGUGGUGCGACCGGACAGCGGUGAUCCGGAAGAGACCUGUGUUGCCAUUAUGAAGAUUCUGCUGGAGCAGUUUGCUGAAGAUGUGACUGUCACAAAGACGGGACACAAGCUGCUGCCGCCUUACAUUCGUGUCAUCCAGGGAGACGGAGUCGACUACCAAUCCAUUCCAAAGAUCCUGAACCGCUUCAAGGACGAGGGCAUUGCUGCCGCAAACAUCACCUUUGGCAGUGGUGGCGCACUGCUCCAGAAGGUGAACCGUGACACCUUCAAGGUUGCCUUCAAAUGCGCGGAGAUCAUCCUGGAGGGCGGAGAGUCCCGGGAAGUCUUCAAGGACCCGCUGACAGAUGAUGGCAAGGCCUCGAAGAAGGGAAGGCUCACACUGCAGCUGGCGUCGGACAUCCCCAGCUACGCCCCCGAGGAUGUGUACCAGCCGCGCCAGGGGCCGGACGGCGUCAAGGGUGGGACUGGGCACUUGCACUUCUCUCCGGAUGGGAAGUACGUGACGGUGGCAAGUGGAAAGGGCGACCCAGAGAAGGACCUGCUGGUUGAUGUGUUCGAGAACGGCGAGGUUCUGAAGGAAUACAAGUUUGGGGAGAUCCGCAAGCGCGCAGAUAUUCCCAAUGGUCCUUGGGAGAACUCUCCGGACGAGCCUGAGGAGGAGGAGCCAGCGAAAGUAGAGAAAGCCGCCGCGCCGGCGCUGAAUGGUGUCAAGCCGCAGCCGCAGCUUGCACCGGCAAUGCCCUACGCUGCGAUGCCCAGGCCUGCCGCUCCGUUUGUGAUGCCCACCAUGCGGUCGGCUUCCAUUCCCUCACAGCCGAUGGUCAUGCAGCCCUCGCCGGUUGGCGCUGCUCGUGUGACUCCUGUGAAUCGUCCCAGCUUCGUGGCGGCGCCACAGGCGCCACAGGUGCCACAGGUGAAUCGCCCACCCAGCUUUGUGGCGGCACCCAUGCCGCAGGCAGGAAUGACGCAGCCGGGAAUGCCACAGCCGGGAAUGCCACAGCCGGGAAUGACGCAGCCGGGAAUGACGCAGCCACAAGCGCAGUCAAUGUAUGUCCCUUCGCAGAUCCGUCCGGCGGUUCCAGCACAGAUGCAGAUCGCUCACCCCAGCUUCGUGGCAGCGCCGGGAUAUCGCCCCAGCUUCGUUGCCGCUCCCAUGCAGCAGGCCCCGAUGUACGCCUCGACGUCUGGCUUGCAGGCCACCAUGCGACCUGGGAUGAUGAUGAUGACAUCCCCAGGAUCCAUGGGGCCGACCUCGAUGCCGCAGCGAAGCGCUUCACUGGGCGUUGGCUUUGGCAUGGGCAACACGGUGCAGCGAAUGGGCUGAGAUGGCUGAUUGGGCCAUGCCUUUGGGCGUGUCAGCAUCUUUUGUUAAGCUUGGCAGCGCUUGUAGCGGUUGGAGGGCCUGCAAGCUGUUUUGUCAGCCAUUCGCCCCUCCGCCUCUCGGCACGUGUCCACACCGAUGGAGCUCCGGCAGACUUUGGGAUGUCUGCUGCGAACAGAAGUCGGUGCCACUUGAAAGUGCCCUGCUCUAUUUUUGCCGCAGUGCACGACCAGCCACCGUUUUGCGAGCUUGGGC